AUGCAUCGUUCUAAUAGAACAAUUAGCGAUGAAAAUGCUGUCAUUAUUGAAGAUAUGUUAUCAUCUGGGAUAGGAGCCACUGAUGCUUAUAGAUAUAUGGCGCAAGAAGCAGGGGGUGAGGACAUGAUUCGCUAUACAAAGAGAGAUUGUAUAAACUAUGUGAAUAGGCUGAAAAUCUUAACAAUAGAAGGAGGUGAUGCUCAAACACUUUUGAACAUUUUAGAAGAUCAAUCUGCUGAAAAUGAUGACUUCUUUUAUAGAGUGCGAUUAGAUGAAGAUGGUAGAUUAAAUCAUGUGUUUUGGAGGGACUCCAUGAUGAAGGAUGACUUCACAAUCUUUGGAGAUGUUAUGGUGUUUGAUACUACCUAUAGAACCAACAAAUACAACCUAAUUUGUGCGCCAUUUGUUGGAUUGAAUAAUUACAAGAAGAAUGUAAUGUUUGGCUGUGCAUUUUUGUCAAAUGAAAAGAUUGAAACAUUUGUGUGUUUGUUUGAGACUUUCAAGAAGAGCAUGGGGGGUCGAAGUCCUAUAUCAUUGUUUACAGAUCAGGACUUGGCAAUGAGUAAAGCAAUUGAGAAGGUGUUUCCACAGACAAGGCACAGAUUGUGCAUUUGGCAUCUACAUCAAAAUGCACAAUCUCAUUUGGGAAAACUAAAAAGUGAUAAGACUUUUUAUGAUGCAUUUCAAAGAUGUAUAACUGGCUGCAUUGAUUCAUAUGAUUUUGAGGAAUGUUGGAAAGCAAUGGUUGAAAAUCAUAACUUGCAAAACAACUCGUGGAUUCAGAGAUUAUAUGAGUUAAGAGAAAAGUGGUCUAAUGCUUUCAACAAAGAAUACUUCUCUGCAGGAAUUCUUUCAUCUCAACGAAGUGAAAGCACUAACCAUGCAUUAGGAUUCAAAGCAAAAAAGACUACAAAUUUGACUGAAUUUUAUGGACUCUUCAAGCAGACCAUAGAACGUUGGAGAUCCAAUGAAUUGAGUGAUGAAUUUCAGUGUAUAAGAGGUCAACCAACGACGACAUUACCUAUGACUGGAAUUAUAGAGCAAGCUUCCAAGGUAUACACUCUUACAGUUUUUAAGGAUUUUGAAAAGCAAUUUAUGAGAUGUCUUGCUGGUAGUUUUUCUCUUCUAAGUGAAGCAUAUGAUUUUAAGCUUUAUCAAGUGAAAGAUGGACAACAUACAUACCAAGUCAGUUUUUAUAAUGUGAUGAGUACUUUAGUGACUUGCACUUGCAACUUGUUUGAAGAAUGCGGGAUGUUAUGUAGUCAUUGUUUGAGGAUACUACUCACUCACUCAAUAGACAAAAUACCAGACUGCUACAUAAACAAGAGGUGGACAAAGCUUGCAAAGCAAGCACUAUGA